AUGGGAAUACCACUAGGGUAUCCAAUGUUAUUAAAACAUCGAACAUUAUUUAAUGUAUCAAAAAUGACAAUAGCAAAUACACAAUUCGACAUGAAACCUAACAACAUCACCAAAAAAGAUUCCUAUCCAUUACCACAUAUGGGAGAAACAAUUAAUCGCUUAGGUGGUCACCUAUUUUUCACUAAAUUAGGUCCUAAAUCUGGCUGUUUCCAAAUACCCAUUCAAGAAGAUGAUAAAGAAAAAACAGCAUUUAUUCUUCAAGGUGGUCACUGGGAAUUCAAUGUGUUACCACAAGGUCUCAAAAAUACGCCUCCCACAUUUCAACGAACUAUAAAUGAAUUAUUAGUGGAUUAUUAUAUGGAGUGA